UGCUUUCUUUAACAAUUAAUUCAAGAACUUCCCAUCCACUUAUCUAUGAUCCCUCUUGACUAUAAUUUAAUAUUCUUUUGGAAUCCCACUUCCCAUCGCAAAAACCUUUGUUUAAUCCAUUGAUGCAGAUAGCAGUUGUGUUUGUUUACUACACUCGUGAAUAUGAAGACGGAGAGAGAGAGAGAUGAAGGGGGGCCCUUGUCUAGUAGCUUUCAGUUCUUGUUUUGGUUUGUUUCUUGAGUGGGUUUUCAUCCUCUGGUAACUCUGUGUUGCUUCUUUAUAACACCAAGAAAGGUGAUGUGCUUCUGCUGAUAGAAUAUUUGAGGCUUAUUAGAUGGCUCCUGUGAAGCAAAUUUUUGUACCAAAGUUCCAAUCUUGGGAUUUUUAAGAUUUGAUGGACUAUGUAUAUUGAGGAUGGGGGUAUUCUUGAUUCUUCUAUCAUGGUUGCUCUCCUUUGGAGUGCUUUCGAAUGGGUUGAGCGCCAAUGCUUCUUCUAGGCCGGCGGUUGUGAACAUCGGAGCUAUUUUCACUCUAGAUUCGACAAUUGGGAAAGUUGCCAAGAUUGCAAUUGAAGAGGCUGUUAAAGAUGUGAACUCCAACUCAAGUGUCCUUCAAGGAACCAAACUUAAUGUGGAUAUCAGAAAUUCCAAUUGCAGCGGCUUUCUUGGCUUGGUUGAAGCUUUGCGAUAUAUGGAGACUGAUGUUGUUGCCGUCAUAGGCCCACAAUCUUCUGUGGUUGCCCAUACUAUACUGCAUGUUGCAAACGAGCUCAAGACUCCUUUUCUGUCAUUUGCAGCCACAGACCCUACUCUCUCUUCUCUUCAGUUUCCUUAUUUUAUAAGGACAACACAGAGCGAUCUGCACCAGAUGACUGCAGUUGCUGACAUUGUCGAACAUUAUGGUUGGAAAGAAGUAAUUGUGAUUUUCCUUGAUGAUGAUUAUGGGAGAAAUGGGUUAUCUGCAUUAGAUGAUGCACUUGCAGCCAGACGCUGUCGAGUUUCCUAUAAAGCCGGGAUUCCCCCAGGAGAUCUCAGUCGGAGUGACGUCAUGGAUAUUCUUGUCAAAGUUGCACUAACAGAGUCUCGAGUUAUUGUUUUGCAUGCUUAUCCAAGAGCUGGAUUUAUGGUAUUUUCCGUGGCACACUAUCUUGGAAUGAUGGAUGAUGGCUAUGCCUGGAUUGCCACGGAUUGGCUUUCUUCUGCUUUAGAUUCUGCUUCCCCUCAACGGGCACAAACUUUAACCGAAACUAUGCAAGGAGUUCUUGUUUUGCGGCAACACACUCCCGAUUCAGAAAGGAAGAGAGCUUUCAUGGCAAGAUGGAACAACUUGACUGGUGGUUCUUUGGGGCUAAGCACCUAUGGCCUCUAUGCUUAUGAUACUGUCUGGUUAACUGCUCAUGCUAUUGAUUCGUUUUUCAAUCAGGGUGGGGUGAUUUCAUUUUCUAAUGAUUCCAGGUUGAAUUCAUUAGAAGGGAGCAGUCAACUUCACCUUGAAGCAAUGGUCAUUUUCGAUGGAGGCCCUCUCCUUCUGAAGAAUAUUUUGCAGACCGAAUUUGUUGGUCUGACAGGGCCUGUCAAGUUCAAUCCUGAUAAAUCUCUAACUUCACCUGCAUAUGAAAUCAUAAACAUAAUUGGAACAGGUCUUCAUCGAGUCGGCUACUGGUGUAACUACUCUGGACUGUCAACUGUGGCACCUGAGACGCUAUAUUCCCAACCGCCUAACCGUUCUAGUGCAAAUCAGCAACUAAAUAGUGUUAUUUGGCCUGGGGAAUCCAUAAAAACGCCUCGCGGUUGGGUUUUUCCAAAUAACGGAAAGCAACUGAGGAUUGGCGUGCCUCGUAGGGUUAGUUACCGAGAAUUUGUGUCACAAAUUGCGGGCACUAAUAAUUUCAAAGGAUUCUGCAUAGAUGUAUUCACGGCUGCUGUAAACUUGCUGCCAUAUGCUGUUCCCUACCAGUUCGUCCCGUAUGGAAAUGGCCGUGAAAAUCCAAGUUAUACUGAGCUAGUGAAUUUGAUAACUACAGGAAUCUUUGAUGGCGUGGUUGGUGACAUUGCAAUUGUGACAAACCGAACGAAAAUUGUGGACUUUACACAGCCAUAUGCCGCAUCAGGACUUGUGGUGGUGGCCCCAGUUAGGAAGUUGAAUACGGGUGCUUGGGCUUUCCUCAGGCCGUUCUCUCGUCAAAUGUGGGGAGUUACUGCUGCCUUUUUCGUCUUCAUUGGGAUAGUCGUGUGGAUUUUGGAGCAUCGGAUUAAUGAUGAGUUCCGAGGACCACCAAAGAAGCAGCUGAUAACAAUUUUAUGGUUCAGUCUCUCAACUCUAUUCUUUGCUCACAGGGAGACAACUGUUAGCACUCUAGGACGUCUAGUGCUGAUCUUAUGGCUCUUCGUGGUUCUGAUAAUUAACUCAAGUUAUACUGCGAGUUUGACCUCGAUCCUCACAGUACAACAGCUCUAUUCUCCUAUCAAAGGAAUUGAGACCUUGAAAGACGGCGAUGACCCUAUUGGAUAUCAAGUCGGCUCUUUUGCCGAACAUUAUCUCACUGAGGGAAUUGGUAUAUCGAAAUCAAGGCUCAAAGCUCUUGGAUCACCUGAAGAAUAUGCCACGGCACUUCAAAAGGGACCGCACAACGGAGGUGUUGCCGCAGUGGUCGAUGAGCGCCCGUACAUAGAACUUUUCUUGGCAAGCCAGUGCAGAUUCAGGAUUAUUGGUCAAGAAUUCACGAAAAGCGGCUGGGGUUUUGCAUUCCCGCGAGAUUCUCCUCUGGCCAUCGACUUGUCGACCGCGAUUCUAACACUAUCUGAGAACGGAGACCUGCAACGCAUUCAUGACAAGUGGCUGACAACGAGCUCUUGCAGUUCAGACAACACUGAGCUGGAGUCCGACCGCCUUCACCUGAAAAGCUUCUGGGGGCUCUACCUCCUAUGUGGGAUAGCUUGCUUCAUUGCUCUCCUUAUAUACUUCUUGCAGAUUGUGCACAAGUUCCGCAAAGCUGCCCCAGAAGAGUACGUUAUAGACGGACAAGGUAGCUCACGGUCAAAACGGCUUCAUACAUUACUGUCUUUGAUUGACGAGAAGGAGGAUCAAUCUAGAAGUGAUAGAAAACGAAGGAAGCUUGAGCAGAUGUUGAGUGAAAACAACGGGGAAGUCGACCUGGAAAGGGAUUCCAAGAGGAAAAGUUCCCAAAUUUCUUCUGAUAACAGCUUUAACUCGAGGAGUUGAACUCAGUUCAUCUAUAGUUAUUAUUACCUCAUUAUUCUUAUUAGUUAAUUCAUGCAGGCUUGUCGCCAUGAGAAGUGUUGUAUAUGAAGAAGAGGAGUUGUUACAAUCUUGAUGAGGGAAAGAAAUUGUACAUAAUACAUAAGAGGCAUUUAGCAUCAUAUUAGUUAUUUUUUAGCAUUCA